GUAUAAUGCCGUGGUCACAAAUGUGUCGGGAGUUCUUGCCAGAGCUUGGAACUUCAUGAGGGUUUGCUCAUCACUAUAUCUUGUCUAUGGGAAUAAGAGUAUAUUCUCUUCACUUCCUAUAGUUCCUUAAAUGCCUUAUUCUGAUAAGUCUAAAUUUAAUCCUUACCACCUCUGCAUUCGCAUAUCCCAAGCCAUAUCCCUAUCCCUAUUGUUCACUUGCCCACUCUGGUGGCUUAUGUCGCCAAUAUAGGCUUAUAACUAAUUGUAUUAGUACUGCAGAUAUUGCUGCGAAUGCACCAAGGUACCGGCGCAAAAGCAGCACUUUUAUCGAUGGUAUUCACGAUGUCCCGGAAGAUAGCGAUAGGGCUCCAGCCCAACUAUAUAGCACUAUGUCUGGGAGGCUUUUCCAUUCCGGCCGCAUUGCCAUUGUUAUGGUGGGACUUCCUGCUCGAGGCAAGACCCAUAUAGCUGUUUCAUUAGCACGGUAUCUUCAAUGGCUAGGAGUCAAGACACGGAUCUUCCAUCUUGGAGACUAUCGCCGAGCUACUGUUGGUCAAGGUGGUCACGUGCCUGAGGACUACUUCUAUCCGAAUGCCUCCCCAUCUUCUAUCGUUCUACGCCAGAAGAUCCUGAAGAAAUGUCGUGAGGAUAUCUACGGUUGGUUGAACCAUGAAAAUGGCCAAGUGGCUAUAUACGACGCCGUAAAUCCCACCGCAAGCGGUCGUCGCUCACUGGCUAAGGAGUUCGCCAAGCAUGAUGUUCAGACUUUAUUCCUAGAAUCUUACGUUGACGAUGAUAAUCUCCUCCGAGAAAACGCCCGUAAUGUCAAGAUUGGUUCCCCCGAUUUCGCCAACAUGGACCCUGACGAGGCCGCAAAGCUCUAUUUGGAGCGCAUGGAGACCAAAAUACCGACGUUUGAGACUAUGGACGAAAAAGAGCUCAACUAUAUCAAAAUGAUUAACGCCGGCCAAAAGUUUUUUUAUAACAACGUAUCUUUUAACUAUCUUUCGCACCGAAUUGUUUUCUACUUGACAAAUACACAUGUCAAGUCUCGAGCGACAUUCUUCGUCCGACCUGGCACUGCAAUGGAAGAGGAAAGUUACAAAGCUGACGCGCCCCUGUCUGAGGAAGGGCUUAAAUAUGCUAGAGUGAUGACGGAGACGGUCAUCAAGCAUCGUGAGCAAGAACGGGCUUCUCGUAUUGCUGAUGGUGGGGCCGAUGUGCCUUUACGCCCGCUCGCGGUGUGGUCUUCAACGCGAAUGCGCACCUUGCAAACGGCCGACGUAUUCAAGGAACUUGGAUACAAGGUUCGCCAGCGCAGCCAGAUGGCUCAAAUUAACCCGGGCGUGUGUGAAAGGCUUAGUGAGCGUGCCAUUCGUCGUCUCUACCCGGAGGAAGUCGAGAAGCAUGAACUCGAUCCUUAUCACCAUCGCUAUCCACGCGCCGAGUCCUACCACGAUCUGGCUGUACGACUAGAACCAGUCAUCUUAGAGCUUGAACGCGAGCAGAAUGAUUUACUAAUCAUCGCCCAUGAGAGCGUCUUGCGCGUUCUCUACGCUUAUCUGAUGCAUUGUAGCACUAUGGACAUUCCUAUUCUGAAGUUCCCGCGCAACGAGAUUAUCGAGGUCAUUCCGGGCGCAUAUCAAAACGAGGCCAAGCGCAUUCAUAUUCCAGGCCUGGAUCCCAGAACAGUUCCUGGUUCGCCCGAGGAUAUACGGAUUCCCGUGCCGGAUAGUGGUGCCGAAACCCCAGCGCCCCUGCCGGGCGGGGGCCUCUCACCCCCUACUGUACCUCCUAUUGUUAUUGAAAAGCCGCCUGAGAAAGUGGUCAAUACAGCAGCCGAAGCCGUAAGAGACAAGAUCACGGAUGAAGAUUAGGUCGUGCCACGUAUAUGAAGCAUGGCCCGCUUUAUUAGCAAG